AUGAAUUUCGUGUUCAUAUUCAAGAUACAUGAAUCAAUAAAAGUCAAUAAUUUUGGAAAUUCAUCUCACGUGCUGAAAAACCCCAACAAGGACCAGAAGAAGCAACGAUACGUGCAUUGUGAUAUGCCUUCUAAAUAUAUUGAUUUAACAGAAGUCUCGAAUUUUUACAAUUGCGAUGACAGAUCUUUAACACCAGUCAAAGUGUGCAUAAAGUCAAAAAGUGAACAGAAUGAAAUGGAACGAAUUUCUAAUUAUCCUCAAUGUUUACUCUUGGCACAAAAUCAGUGGCGUUUGAUUAAACAACAACUUGCUUUGCAUUUUGAUUUUCGUUCAAGCAGUAAGAAAGCGACAGAAAAUUUUGAAUGUAUUUUCGAAUAUUUGGCUUGCUUGUCCAAUACACCAUAUGGAUAUCAUCACCGAGAUGGUGUCAAUUAG